AUGACUAUCUGCGCAUCCUGCCGUAUUGCCCUUCGGCGCAGCAUCACACAUUCUACAAGACCUUUGAUAGCUCGGUUCAUAACAACGAAUUCGUCAACGGCCGCCUCGAUUCUAGAGAAACCCACCUGGUCCGUUCGAAGCCUUCUACCAUCCUCACCAAGUUCAGCUCCCGCAGAAAAGAUCACGCCCUCCCAAUUACACCACCUCCUCCGCCUCUCAGCCCUACCGUUGCCAACUACACGCGAAGACGAAGCUGCCAUGAUCAAUACCCUCCAGAGCCAAUUGCAGUUCGUCCGCGCCGUGCAGCGUGUGGACACAACCGGGGUUGAACCCCUGCGGGCGCUCCGUGAUGAGACCAUAGAGGCUCGACAAGAGGUGACAAUUGGCCUUGCUGAAUUGCAAGAAGCCCUGGAUAAGGAGGUUCGUAUAGGACAUUAUCAAAGGGCGAGGAGGGUUAGAGAGACGAUUGAGUCCGAGGCAGAGAAGUGGGAUGCCCUCAAGACGGCUGGCAAAACAGCUGGAAGAUAUUUCGUGGUUGAGAGUGCGAAGAAUGAUGCGGAGGGUGCCGAGUGA